AUGAUUACUAUCUAUGAGUGUCCACUGGAUUCGAAUAAAAUUAUCCUUGUGAGGAGCAUCAAGGAUCCGUCGCCCGAUAUGGACAUAUUCACAUUGACCUGGUGUUACGAUAUCACUGAUAAAGCUCAUCGAAUAGCGUUUGGUGGCUACUCUGGCCUAAUUCGACUUGUUGACCCAAGCUCAGGGAAAUUGUUGAUGGACAUGUAUGGCCAUGGUGACCACGUUAACGAGAUGCGUACUGAUCCCAAUAACUCGAUGAUAUUUGCAUCUGUCAGCAAGGAUACUACCAUCCGAUUAUGGAAUAUACGAGUUCAUGGACCAAUUGCAAUCUUAGGAGGAUAUGAAGGACAUAAGGAUCAAAUCCUUUCCCUGGACUGGUCGCUUGAUAGCAAAUACAUUGUUUCCUGCAGUAUGGAUCACUCCAUCAGACUGUGGCAUUUGGGAACAGAUAAACUACAGGAGCGGAUACGCGAUAGCAUGACAUUAAAAGGUCAAGCCAAUAUUCGAAGGGAGAUAGCUGACGAUUGUCAAUCCGGAAGAACUAUUCAAAUACACUACCCUAUUGCCAUCAAUACCGAUCUACAUAAUGAUUAUGUAGAUUGCGUACGAUUUCUUGGGCAUUAUGUUGUCUCUAAGGUUCUGGAUCUGAUAUGUCGAUGGUUGUGUUCAGAUUUCGGCUCAUUUGGAGAGGAGUUCUAUAAGAUUAGACCAAAACUACAGGUAGACACUUCCGCUCUGCAACUCGUUCGAUUGGAUCUACCUGAUUCAGACAUAUGGUUUAUAAAGUUUGAUAUUGAUCCUCUUAACAGGUGGAUUGUGAGUGGAAACAAAAUGGGUCAGCUUUGUAUGUGGGAUCUCACAGAUGGCCUUCCUGCAGUCAAUAUGUAUGUAAUAAUUCACUUGUUAUUUUCCUAUAGCUAG